ACAGACUUUAGGUGUUGGUCGUUGAGCGAACCAAAGCCGGAGCAGUUGAAGUAAACAAAGAGCGAAGGAGCGACAGGAAAAUCCAGGAUGAAAUUGUGCCUAGUACUACUGGCCCUUGUGGGCUGUGUGUGCGCAUUCAGUGUGCCCACACAGAAGGUGAAGAUUGCCGACAAGGACUUCCUUGAGAAGCAAAAGUUCCUCUUCGAGAUGGUCUACCGUGUCGAGGAUCCCCUGAUGUUCGAGGAGUGGAUCAAGAUGGGACAGAAGCUGAUCGUUGACAAGGCCCAGUACAAGGAAUUCGACUUCUAUAUGGAGAAAUUCUGGGAGUCCUACAAACUUGGUGCAUUGCUGCCCAAGGGCGAGUUCUUCGGUUCUCUGGUGAAGACCCAUCACAAGCAGGCCUACGGUCUGUUCAACUUCUUCUACUACGCCAACGACUGGGAGACCUUCGUCCACAACGUGGCAUGGGCCCGCAUCCACGUCAAUGAGGGCAUGUUCGUCUAUGCUCUGACCCUCGCCGUCAUCCACAAGCCCGAAUUCGAGGGUCUGAUCCUGCCCCAGAUCUACGAGAUCUUCCCGCAGUACUUCUUCAACAGCAAGUUCGUGUACGAGGCCGAGAAGUUCGACUAUGAGGUGUUCAGCAAGCUGAUCAUGUACGAGAAGGAGUACAAGGACAUCCUGUACAAGGACGUGAGCGAAUUCAGCGACAACUUCUACUUCUACACCAAGGACUGGAAGACAUGGCAGUGGUACAAAAUGAUGGGUCUGGACCAGGAAUGGUACGUCGAGGACAAGUACUUCCUCCGCGAGAACUUCGAGACCUUCAACAAGGACCCCAAGUACGUCGACAUCAUGAAGGGACUCAAGAAAUUCUACAUGCCCGUCGACUACACCCGCGACAUUGACUUCUUCAACGCCGAGAGCAAGCUGUCCUACUUCACCGAGGAUCUCGGCUGGAACGCCUACUGGUACUACCUGAACAUGGACUACGCCUUCUUCCUCAACGGCAAGGAGUUCGGACUCGACAAGGAUCGUCGCGGCGAGUGGUGGAUCUACAAUGUCCAGCAGAUCCUCGCCCGCUACUACCAGGAGCGUCUCGCCAACGGCUACGGUGACAUUCCCGAAUUCUUCUGGUACAAACAGAUCGAGUACGGCUACGAUCCCCAGCUGAUCUACUACAACGGUGUCGGCUACAGCUACCGCAAGAACUACUACGACUACCAGACCUACGGCAACUUCGAGAUGUUCAACCAGAUCCAGAACUUCUUCAGCCGCGUGUACAAGGUCCUCGAGACCGGCUUCUACAAGACCGCCGACGGUGUGGUCAUCGAUCUGCGCAAGCCGGAGGCCAUCAAGUUCAUCGGCAACUACCUGCAGGGCAAUGUCGAUACCUACGACAAGUACUUCUUCAACUACUUCUACAUGCUGUCGCACAUGUACUUCGCCGAUGUCGACUUCUACGAUUUCGAGGUGUUCCCCAACGUGUUCCUCAACUUCGAGACCAUGAUGCGCGAUCCCUUCUUCUACACUUUCUACAAGAAGUUCACGGAUGUGUUCUACCAGUUCAAGUACUACCUGAAGCCCUACACCCAGAAGGAUCUCGUCUACGAGGGCAUCAAGAUCAAGGAUGUCAGCGUGAGCAAGCUGGUGACCUACUACGACAUUGUUGACUUCGAUGUGACCACCCUGUUGAACGACAAGAUGACCUUCGUCGACGGUGAGUUCGUGUGGGACAAGGCUCUGCUGGCCCGCCAGGCCCGCCUCAACCACAAGCCCUUCGACUUCGAGUUCACCAUCGACUCCGACAAGGUGCAGAAGGGAGUCGUGCGCGUCUUCCUGGGACCCAAGUUCGACGAGUACGGCCGCGUGAUUCCCCUCGUGUACAACAGCAAGAACUUCGUGCAGAUCGAUAGCUUCGUGUAUCCCUUCGUUGUCGGCACCAACACCAUCAAGCGCAGCUCCAAGGAGUUCUCCUGGACCGCCGAGGACCGCACCACCUACACGGAACUGUACAAGUACGUGAUGCUGGCCACCGAGGGCAAGUACGACUUCCCCCUGGACAUCAGCGAGCCCCACAGCGCCUUCCCCGACCGCCUGGUCCUGCCCAAGGGCUGGGAGUCCGGCAUGCCCAUGCAGUUCUACUUCUUCGUCUCGCCCUAUGCCGAGGACUACGAGCAGUUCUCCAACUUCGACUAUACCUACUCGUCGGGCGUCGGCAGCGGCACCCGCUACGUGGACAGCAAGCCCUUCGGCUAUCCCUUCGAUCGCCAGAUCGAUGAGUACACCUUCUUCGUGCCCAACGGCUACUUCAAGGAUGUCAAGAUCUUCUUCGUCGACACCUUCGCCAAGUACUUCGAGAAGAAGUACGCCCAGUUCGGCACCUUCGACUACUCCUACUUCGAAUUCUAGACUCCAGCUCUGGAUCUAGUUUUAAACAAAAAACAAUCUUAACUUUAACUCUUUGCAAUGCCCAAGGCGAAAAAAAACCAAACCAAAAAAAAAAUACUAAUAACGAAAGCCAAACUCUAACGAAAAACUAAAAUAAAGAACAACAACCAAUA